AUGAACAAGGCGACCCUCGGAAUGUACCGUACUGUGAAACCUCAAUCGGUUAUUGAUACUCGUGCCGGAAAGGCGUUACUCGACCGUCCUUGA